AUCCCCUGGCACAAGGACAAUCUUCCCAAGCAGCUAUUUAUCAACAACGAGUAUGUCGAUUCGAAGAACGGUAAGGAACUGGAAGUGUUCAACCCAAAGGACGAGUCCCCUGUUCCUAGCGAUGUCGCGUUAGGUGGGCAAGAGGACGUGGAAAUCGCGGUGGCAGCUGCAGAGGCUGCCUUCCCCAAGUGGAAGAAGGCACACCCAAACGUGAGGCGAGACAUCGUGCUCAAGUUUGCCAACUUGAUCGAACAGAACGGCAAGGCCCUAGCAGAUCUGACACGGAUCACACUUGAAGCCCCCUGGGGCUCGAUGGGCUCGAUGGAGAUGAACCUUGCCUGUGAGAGCUUCAAAUACUUUGCAGGCUGGACCGACAAGUUCUCCGGCGAAACGUAUCCCCAGGAAGAUGGUUUCCUGAAGAUUGUUCGCAAUGAGCCACUCGGCGUAUGCUGCGGAAUAAUCCCCUGGAAUGGCCCUAUGGCCAAUACCGGCAUGAAGGCAGGUCCUGCACUCGCUACUGGAAACUGCUUCAUCCUGAAGCCGUCGGAGAAGACGCCCUUCGCUGCGUUAGCCCUGGGCACCCUUAUUCGAAAGGCCGGUUUCCCUCCCGGCGUAUUCGAAGUCGUGUCGGGCGACGGAAGCACAGGAGCCAUGUUUGCGCGGCACAUGAGGGUUCGCAAGGUUAGCUUUACCGGGUCCACGACUACUGGGCGUAAGAUCCAAGAGAUGGCGGCAAAGAGCAACCUCAAGCGGGUGACACUCGAACUUGGCGGCAAGUCCCCUGCGGUUGUGUUCAAGGAUUGCAACCUUGAGAACGCCAUCGGUUGGUGCGCCAACGCAAUUACGGUGAAUACGGGCCAAGUCUGCUUUGCUGCGAGUCAAGUCUAUGUCGAGGCGCCCAUCUACGACGAGUUUGUCGCAGGGUAUAAGAAGGUGAUAGAGGAGAAGACCAAGGACGUGGGCGACCCAGAUGCUGAAGGGACCUUGAUCGGCCCGCUGGUUGACAAGGCCCAGUUUGACAGAGUGUGGGGCUACAUAGAGCGCGGCCAGCAAGGGCAAGGCACGUUGCUCGUUGGCGGAGGGCGUAUUGGCGACAAGGGGUACUACAUCGAGCCGACCGUGUUCGAAGGCGUGUUGCAAGACGCCGAGAUCUGUCGACAAGAGAUUUUCGGGCCCGUGUCGGUGGUUAACAGAUUCGAUAGCGAGGAGGAGAUGGUCGAAAAGGCCAACGACACCAACUUCGGGCUGAUGGCCGGCAUCUUCAUCCAAGACAUCAAUCGAUGCUUGAGAGUCGCGGCCGAGCUGGACAGCGGCAUGGUGGGCAUCAACUGCAUCAGCCUCUGUUUCCUGACAGCGCCUUUCGGCGGCAGCAAGGAGAGCGGUCAGGGUCGGGAGAACGCCAUCAACGCGUUGCGAAUGUUCACGGAGCCGAAGACUGGCAUGGUGAACCUCACGUACUGA